UUUGGGCAUAUUCUCAUAUAUCUAUAUUUGGAUCAAACAGACAGUAAGAACACUUUGUGAACAGCCAUGCGGAAUUCAAAACAUUUCAUCAAGCUCUUGCCACUUUUCAUUCUACAGCUUUCUGUGUUCAGUGAGGAAGAUUGAGAAGCAGCAGCCUACUUUUUGUGUAAUUAAUUUGCCUUCUACUGAACCCACUUACAACCCAGAUUAGCUUUGAGUAAUUUGUCAAAUGUGAUAAGGCAGUGUUGGCUGCAAUUAAGAAAGCAUGGCAUAAGCUGGGAUUUGUUGUGUAUAUAAAGUCAGUGGGGGAUGCAGAGCUGUUGCUGCUCCGUUCCAGAAUGGGCCAAGCUGCUACCCUGCCUUGUAGGAGAGGGGAGUCUUAUGUUACAGAGCUGUACGAAUGGUUCAGAAAGUUUAUAAAUGAAUGUCCAAGUGGGCUGAUUACUCUUCAUGAGUUUCAAAGGCAUUUCUGCAAUGGAACAGUGGGCAGCGAGUCAGCUGAGUAUGCAGAGCAGAUAUUCCGCACAUUGGACAAUAAUGGGGACGGGGUGGUGGAUUUCAGGGAGUACGUGAUGGCCAUCAGCAUGCUUAUUGAAGGUUCAGCUGUGGAGAAGCUGCGGUGGUCAUUUAAGCUCUAUGACAAAGACAGAGACGGAGCCAUCACAAGGGAGGAAAUGCUGGAGAUCAUGCAGGCUGUUUAUCAGAUGAGUGUAGCAGGUGCUUUAACCAAACCCAACCCACUUACAGCUGAAGAGUCUACCAACAGGAUAUUUGUGCGAUUAGAUAAAGACAAGAACGCCGUCAUCAGUCUGGAGGAGUUCAUAGAGGGAGCGCUGGAUGAUGAUUGGAUCAGGGAGAUGCUGGAAUGUGACCCGAGCACUGUGAAGGUGGAGAGACCCCUGAGGAGGGACACUGCUUUGGGGACCCAUGGUUGACCUGAAGUGGGGUAUUUUAUUCUCUGGGAGCAGAGAAAGGAACCAGUCAGUGUUUGGACUGAAAUUUCCAGGAAUCGCUGCAGCAACAAAGCUUCUAUUCACUGUGACAAAUUAUAUCACUGUCCGUUGAGUAACUUCAAGGUGGACACUGGAGAGCACUAGAACAUUUAGACAUGGUUUUAUUAAGUUGCCACAAUAUUAAUAGCAUUCAUUUCUGCCUUGUUACUUUAUUUCAUAUUAUUUUUCCUCAGCUGUUUGCAUCAGUGCUUAGCUUCGUUCUUCUUUUCCUGCUGCAUCAUUUGAUGUACUUUUGAUAAUUUGUGUUUUGUUAAUUGUAUCUCCCUAUAGACUAAAUCAUGGCUAUGAUGAGACAAUGAAUUUUUACUUGUCUUGCUCAUAUUAUUAAAUAUCCAUUCUGCACGUGUGGCCAGAUUAACUUGUACCAGGUGACAGACCAGACAUUACCAUUUUAAGUAAACAUAUUGUAAUGGCAUUUGCAGUCAUGCUGCAAAACUGUGACAUACCAGUGAUGGAAAGCAACAAAGUACAUUUAUUCAAGUACUGUAUGUAACUACAAUCUUGAGUUACUUGUACUGUGAUUGGGUAUUUCCAUUUUAUGCCACUUAAUACUUUUACUCCACUUCAUUUUAGAUAGAAAUAUUGUACUUUUUACUCCACUACAUUUAUCUGACAGCUAACCAAAUAAAAAACGAAUUUGAUGCUCUAUGCUGAUGUUCUUAAAAUAAUAAUAAUAUUAAAUAGCAUAUAAGUUGUUCAAACUAGCUCCAAUAAUUGAAUAUGUAUCGUAGAAAAGGUUUCAGUCGUAGUUAUCUGGACACUGUUUUCAGAAUCAAGACGUUUCGGCUCCAAUCCGGAAGUCAUUCUCAAUUGAAUUAAAUUUCUAGUUC